AUGUUUAUAGCAGCUGUUGCAAGAACUCAAAUUAGCUCCACUGGAGAAGUGUUGUGGGAUGGAAAAAUAGGAAUUUUUCCAUUCACAGAAACUUAUCACGCAUUGAGAAGGUCAGUAAACAGACCAGUAGGUACACCACAGCUAAGAGCAAUAACAAAAGUUACACGAGAUGUUAUUCGAGACAAACUAAUCAACGAAGUUCUACCAGCAAUCAGAUUGAAAUGGCCAGCAAAUGGAGACAAAGAUAUUUGGAUUCAACAAGAUAAUGCCGAGCCACAUAUUUUAACAAAUGAUCAAGCAUUCAAUGAAGAAUCCAACAAAGAUGGAUUUAACAUAAGACUAGUUUGUCAACCGACAUCCAGUUCAAAUAUGGACAUCUUAGAUUUGGGUUUGUUUAGUGCACUACAAUCAAUUCAAUUCAAGUCAUUCCCGAAAGACCUCAAAGAUUUGAUCAAGGCGGUCAAUGAUGCAUACGACAAUUUUGAACCAAAACUUUUGAACUACACGUGGAUACAAUAUCAACUAUGCAUGAUAGAGGUGUUGAAAGCUAGAGGUGGUAAUAAUUACAAGAAUCCACACAUUGGAAAACAAAGAUUGGACAGGUUGGGUUUGUUGCCAAGACAAUUAGAAAUUCCUCAAGAACUUAUAGAUGUAGCACGUCAACUUUUAUCUCAUGGUAUAAUUAAUCUCAAUGAUCUUCCACAACAUAUUGAAAUUAAUUAUCAAUAUGUAGAAAUGGAUUAA